AUGUACCUGAUGGCUGCAAUUCCAACUUACUGUAAGAGUGGUAACCACGGCAGCAGCCAGCGCCAAGAGGGUGGUGGAGUUGACUGCGUGGCUAGCAGCAGAGGCAACGGGAGCACCUGCGUGGCACCAGACAACUUCCGCUUGCUGGAAAUUGAUGAGAAUGAUAACAGUUUUCCCUGGGGUCUCAUCCAUCACAACGAGCUGGCACAUAUGCUCAACAGUGGGCUUGGAAAGACUAUGGUGAUUGACAGCAGGUCGUUCCUGGAAUACAACACAAGUAACAUCCAGCAGUCAGUAAAUGUUUGCUGCUCCAAGCUGGUCAAGCGCAGACUGCAGCAGGACAAGAUCCAUGUGCUGGACCUGCUGAAUCAGACGUGCAACAUCGGGGCUGAUACAUCCUGGGACGUCAUCGUCUAUGACCAGUGCAGUGAGGACCCCUCUCAGCUGACCUCCGACAAUUUUGUGGCAGUUUUAUUGAAUAAAUUAAGCACAACCUUCAACAGUGUCGCCUUUCUUAAAGGCGGUUUCCUGGCAUUUCAAGCCUCUCACCCAAGCCUGACGGAGAACAAGACCGGCAGCCACCGAUGUUCAACUCUGACCUCCUUGUCUCAGCCUUGUAUGCCAGUUAGCAAUGUCGGACCUACCCGAAUCCUUCCCUUCUUGUACCUGGGCAGCCAGCAAGACGCGCUCAACCAGGAACUAGCACAGGUCAAUGGUAUCUCCUACAUGCUGAACGUCAGCAAGACCUGCCCACGGCCAUCUUUUAUUUUGGACGGCCACUUCCAUCGCAUCCCCGUCAAUGACAACUACUGUGAGAAACUACUGCCCUUCUUUCAAGAGGCUUUUCAGUUCCUAGACAAAGUUCGUGAAGCGAAUGGUUGUGUCCUGGUUCAUUGUCUGGGUGGAGUGUCACGGUCGGCCACACUUGCUAUUGCCUACAUCAUGAGGUACUUCCGCAUGUCUUCAGAUGAAGCAUACCG